UUCGCCUGCCGGGGCUCCUGCAGCUGGUCUUUCCAGCCUCCUGGGACAUUGGCUGCUUUACCGCCGAACUCCUGGCAAGGCUUGUCCGGGGAUGCCGCUCGGCCGCUUUCCACGAGGAACUUAACCCGCCGUGCCUACCUCCCGGAUGGGACCGCCGGAAUGCUCUAAAGUCUACAGUGAAUAUUGAAUUGCUGAGGAAUUUGGGAAAAGACAAGCUGAAGUUCCCAUUCCAUGGAUCCCUUGGGUGCACCUUCCCAGUUUGUGGAUGUGGAUACACUACCAAGCUGGGGCAAUUCUUGUGAAGAACAAUUAACUACUUCUGAUACGGCAGCUGAAACAUAUCAGGAAGAGACUAUUAGAUCACCUUUUCUUUACAAUAAGGAUAUCAAUGGAAAAGUGGUUCUCUGGAAAGGAGAUGUGGCAUUACUCAACUGUACAGCUAUUGUGAAUACCAGCAAUGAAAGUCUUACUGAUAAGAAUCCUGUGUCAGAAAGUAUCUUCAUGCUUGCAGGGCCUGAUUUGAAGGAGGACCUCCAGAAACUUAGAGGUUGCCGGACAGGUGAAGCAAAAUUGACAAAAGGAUUUAAUCUAGCUGCCCGGUUCAUCAUUCACACAGUGGGACCUAAGUACAAGAGCCGCUAUCGCACAGCCGCUGAGAGUUCCCUAUACAGCUGCUACAGAAACGUACUUCAGCUGGCAAAAGAGCAGUCCAUGUCUUCUGUUGGAUUCUGUGUCAUUAAUUCUGCAAAACGAGGUUACCCUUUAGAGGAUGCAACACACAUAGCACUUCGCACGGUAAGGAGAUUCCUCGAAAUUCACGGAGAGACUAUUGAAAAAGUAGUAUUUGCUGUCUCUGAACUUGAAGAGGCUACUUACCAAAAGCUGCUACCUCUGUACUUCCCAAGGUCAUUAAAGGAGGAGAGUUGCUCAUUGCCAUACCUACCUGCAGAUAUUGGAAAUGCAGAAGGGGAGCCUGUGGUACCUGAACGGCAGAUAAGAAUAAGUGAAAAACCUGGCGCCCCGGAGGACAACCAAGAAGAGGAGGAUGAAGGCUUGGGAGUUGAUCUCUCUUUCAUUGGCUCUCAUGCUUUUGCUCGAAUGGAAGGAGAUAUUGAUAAGCAAAGAAGACUGAUCCUUCAAGGACAGUUAUCAGAGGCAGCCCUGCAGAAGCAGCAUCAAAGAAAUUAUAAUCGCUGGUUGUGUCAAGCAAGAUCUGAGGAUCUAUCUGAUAUUGCUUCUCUGAAAGCCUUAUACCAAACAGGUGUUGAUAACUGUGGUCGCACAGUAAUGGUGGUAGUUGGAAGAAACAUUCCUGUAACGUUAAUAGAUAUGGACAAGGCUCUCUUAUAUUUUAUCCAUGUAAUGGAUCACAUUGCUGUGAAGGAAUACGUAUUAGUGUAUUUUCACACACUGACCAGCGAAUACAAUCACCUGGACUCUGACUUCCUGAAGAAACUCUACGAUGUUGUUGAUGUCAAGUACAAGAGGAAUUUGAAGGCUGUUUAUUUUGUUCAUCCAACAUUUCGUUCAAAGGUAUCAACAUGGUUUUUUACCACCUUUUCUGUCUCAGGACUGAAGGACAAAAUCCACCAUGUGGACAGCCUCCACCAGCUGUUUUCUGCCAUCUCGCCAGAACAGAUCGACUUUCCUCCUUUUGUCCUUGAAUAUGAUGCCAGGCAACCACCUCCCUCUGAUCCCGUAGUUGCCUCAGCAGAUUUGCUGUGCAUGCAUCUUACGAAAAUGUUUCCUACAAAAUAGUAAUGAAAUACUAGCAGCUGUCAUCUAUAGGAUACCAGGCAUUGUAAGUAUAUUAUCUCUCAUCCUUACAGUAACCUUGCAAGGUAGGUAUUUCCCCCACUUUACAGGGAGAGAAAAGAUUCUUGAAGUAAAGAAACAAGCCAUAGGUAAUAUCAGGUAAUAGGUUUUGGAAGGGCAGAGAAGAUUGGGUAACUCUACCAUUACAAAGCUUCCUAAACUCUUGGGCUAUCCAUUAGCGGUAUUGGUCUGGUAUAUAAAAGCAUAGGCUUCUCUUCAAAUCACAUCUCAGCCAUUUACUUGCUCUGUGACCUUGGACUCAUUUCCCAACCUCUUUGAAUUUCAGUUCUUUCAUAUGUAAAGAGUACUUACCUCUUAGAGUCGUUUUGAGGAUCAAAUGACUUAAUAGUUCUAAAAUUCUCAUAAAUAUUAGCUGUUGUCUUAUUUAAAUAUUCUAAUUGCUAUGAUCAAGCUGUCUCACUUUGCAGACUUAUCACAUGCACUUGGCGCCCUAAUUUUAAGUUGUGUCAUAUUACCAAUUCACAAGAUGUAUGAUAUAUUUGGUAUGUCUCUCCUUCCAGAGGAAACGACAUUUUAAAUCAGGGGUUGGCAAACAUUUUUGCUAAAGGACCACAUAGUAAAUAUUAUAGGUUUUUCAGGCCAUAUGGUGUCUUGUCACAACUAUUCAGCUGUGCUGCUGUAGUGUGAAAGCAGCCAGAGAUAAUGCUUGAGCAAAUGGGUGUGCCCAUGUUCCAAUAAGACUUUAUUUAUGGAGACAGGAAUUUAAAUUUAAAUAAUUUUCAUGUAUAUUAAAAUACUAUUUCUCUUCAUUUUCAACAGUUUAAAAAUGUAAAAGUCACAUUUAGCUUGAAGGCCAUAUGAAAACAGGCAGUGGGCCUUAGUUUUGCCAACCGCUUUUUAAAUAAUUCAGUGAUUCUUUAAAGAGGAUGAAUCCAGCAAAGUUCACAUUAAGGAAAAGCAAUGUGGAGGAAGAAAAUUAAGAGCCAGUUGAUCUAUCAACUAGCUAGCCCAGAUCAUAGCUAUAUUGAUCACUCCCUGGUCUAACACAACCAUGCAACCCCUUUGAGCUUAACGUUUUUAUCUAUAAAAAUGAACUAGUAUUAUCUCUCUGACCUAUACCUAUUUCUUCCUGGGGAAGGGAGCUUAACGUUUUUAUCUAUAAAAAUGAACUAGUAUUAUCUCUCUGACCUAUACCUAUUUCUUCCUGGGGAAGGGAGUUUAAUAAUACUUAUCAUUUAUUGAAUUUAUACCUUUGUGCUAGAUUUUUGAAUCAUUUUAGUUCCAAUCUUCUUAUUAUCCACACUUUACAGAUGAAGAAAUGGAGGCUCAGAGGCAAAUAACCUGCUCAGUGUUACAAUACCAGUGUCUAAACCCAGGUGUCUGACUCUCAUCAACCCUCCAACCCUCUCAAUACAAUACAAACUCCCUGAGAGUAGGGACCUCAUUGGACUUGCUCUGUGCUAAAUCCCCAGUGCCUAGACUAGUACCUGGUAUAUAAUAGGCAUUGUAUAAGUGCUUAUUGAAUUAACAAAUGAAUGGGUUUUUCCAUUAUGCCAGUGGUCCUUAAUCUUUUUUAAGAUCAGGGAUAACUUUGGGAGAGAAAGUAAAGUUCUGGACCAUCUCUCCAGAUAAAUUAAAUUUCAGACUUAGAAAACUUGCCUUAAAUAUUUGGCCAACUACUGAAAGAAGAUGCUGUUCACAUACUCUGAAUAAUACUGAUGAUAAUUCUUACCAUAAUUAUGGAAACAGGAUUUGGAGGUGUCUUGUUUCUUUCUGCUCUUGAAAUCAUGAUGUUAAAGGCAUUAAACAAGGCCUAAAAUGUUUCCUUCUCUACAGUUGCUCAUAGCACCCGGGCACACUUUUUAAAACUCUUGAUUCCCUUAAAAAUCACUUUCUCAGGCUUCCCUGGUGGCGCAGUGGUUGAGAGUCCGCCUGCCGAUGCAGGGGACACGUGUUCAUGCCCCGGUCCGGGAAGAUCCCACAUGACGUGGAGUGGCUGGGCCCGUGAGCCAUGGCCGCUGAGCCUGCGCAUCCGGAGCCUGUGCUCCGCAAAGGGAGAGGCCACAACAGUGAGAGGCCUGCGUACCGCAGGGAGUCCCCCUGCCAAUGCAGGGGAUGCGGGUUAGGGCCCUGGUCCGGGAAGAUCUCACAUGCCGCAGAGCGGGUAGGCCUGUGUACCACAACUACUGAGCUUGCGUUCUGAAGCCCGCAAGCCACAACUACUGAGCCCGCGAGCCCGUGCACCACAACUAGGGAAGCCCACAUGCCUAGAGCCCGUGCUCUGCAGUGGGAGAGGCCACCGCGGUGAGAAGCCCGUGCGCAGCAAUGAGGAGUGGCCCCCGCUCACCGCGGCUGGAGGGGGCCCGCGUGCAGCAACAAAGACCCCAUGCAGCCAAGAAUAAAUAAAUAAAUAAAAUAAAGAAAUAGAAAAAAAAAUAGAACGUAAUGCUGUGAAUCAAAAAAAAAAAAAGACUUUUAUUGGGUCCAAGUUGCUUCAACAUGAAAAGUGAGAAGCCAAAGCCUAUUAAGACUAACAUGCAAUUUUUUGCCUUCAGAAAUGCAGCUGUGAGGGCAUUAUCUAUUCCUUACUACCCAAAGGCCAACCAAAUCUGAAUCCAGUAUGUAACUCAAAAUAGGUCUGCUGCUGCUUCUUGUCAUUUACUUACAACUUUACUGUCUACCCCAUGGCCUCCUGUUAAGUCAAUGAGAAGGAGAUAUUAAUGUUCCAACAUUAUUAAAUUCAGAUGUUACCAAUUUUUAUUCUCUCCUAUAAAGCAUUUGUUCUUUAUAUACCCUUACCGUUUACAUCAAGACCUUGAGAUCAUGACUCACUCCAGGUAAAUAGUAAGAUUAAGGAUAUUUUGUUUCCACAGAAUGUUAUAAAAACAAAAUCCGGGGCUUCCCUGGUGGUGCAGUGAUUAAGAAUCCGCCUGACAAUGCAGGGGACACGGGUUUGAGCCCUGGUCCAGGAAGAUCCCACAUGCCAUGGAGCAGCUGGGCCCGUGGACCACAACUACUGAGCCUGUGCUCUAGAGCCCGUGCUCUACAGCAAGAGAAGCCACUGCAAUGAGAAGCCCAUGCACUGCAACGAAGAGUAGCCCCCACUUGCCGCAACUAGAGAAAGCCUGCAUGCAGCAACAAAGACCCAACA